AUGAACUCCCCAUUACUUGCCUUGUGGUUCCUACUCUUUGCACCCUUUCUCUACGCAUGGCGUCGCAUUAAACAAGUCCGAAGACAGCAAAGACAAAACCGUACCAAGCUCCUCGAUGAGCUAGGUGUCACCCUCGCCGACGCGCACCGCAAGCGUGUUGUCGGGUUCUUCCAUCCGUAUUGCAAUGCAGGCGGUGGCGGCGAGCGGGUGCUAUGGACGGCGAUCGAGCACAUGCAGAGGACGGAGAGGGACGUUGUAUGUGCAGUCUACAGCGGGGACACGGAUGCCACGAAGGCGUCCAUCAUAGAGAAAGUCAAGGCACGCUUUGACAUCUCGCUCGCGCCGGACAGCCUCGCGUUCGUAUUCCUGAACUCGAGACACCUCGUUGAGGACUCGACAUGGCCCCGCUUCACCCUCCUAGGGCAGAGCCUCGGGUCGAUGUACAUGGCUUGGGAAGCCAUGGGCAAACUCAUUCCCGACCUGUUCAUCGACACGAUGGGCUACGCUUUCACGUUCCACGUCGUGAGAUGGAUUGGGAGGGUCCCCAUCGGCGCGUAUGUCCACUACCCGACCAUUAGCACCGACAUGCUCGCGCGCGUGCGCGCCCGGCAGAGAUGGCACACCAACGCUGAUACGAUCUCCGCGUCGCGCGUGCUCAGCCUCGGGAAGGUUUUAUACUACCGCAUAUUCAUGUAUCACUAUUCCCGCUCCCUCCGCCUUGCGUCCUUCGUCAUGGUCAAUUCCUCUUGGACGAAAAACCAUGUUGACGCGAUCCUGCGGCACUCGGACCCGCUCCUCGACGCGCUGCACACCCUCCCCCCGUGGUCCCUGCUCAACUGGAUCAGUCCCGCGAACGCAGACUCGCCGAGGGACGCGCGCAUAGUGUACCCGCCGUGCGAUACGCGCGAGGUCGCGCAGUUCCCGCUGCAAGGCCGUGAGCGCGUCAUCUUGAGUCUGGCGCAGUUCCGCCCGGAGAAAGACCACGCAGCGCAGCUGCACGCGUUCUCCAUCCUCUUGGACGCCCACCCGGAAUUCAAGAGCAGCGGCGCGUCCCCAAUCCGACUGGUCCUCGUCGGGAGCAGCCGCAACGCCGAGGACGCAGCCCGCGUGGACUCGCUCCGCGCCCUGGCCACGGCACUCGAUAUCGCGGAUCAGGUGGAGUUCGUGCUGAAUGCGCCCUUCGCGACUGUGCUCCACUGGUUGUCGAGGGCGAGCGUCGGUUUGAGCACGAUGGUGGACGAGCACUUUGGUAUCAAUGUCGUCGAGUUCAUGGCUGCGGGGGUUAUUCCUGUCACCCAUGCGUCUGGCGGGCCUUUGAACGAUAUCGUCGUCCCUUUCAAUGGGGAGCCUACAGGGUACCACGCAACGACCCCGGAGAGCUUCGCCGAAGCACUGUACAGCGCAUUUACGCUCGCGCCGGAGCAGGAGCUGGCGAUGCGCGAGCGGGCCAGGACGUGGGCCGUCCAGAGGUUCUCGGAAGAGGAGUUCGAGAAGGGUUGGGAUGCAAGUGGGUGGAGGACGUGGUUAGAAGCGGGCUCCUGA